AUCCAAUCCAAUCCGAUCCAGUACAUUCCAUUCCAUUCCAUCAAGAACCAUCCAAGAUGACCCGGCGCGUGCUCGGGGUGGUUGUCCUCGUCGCGACGGCGGCGCUGUGCUCGGCACAGAUGACGACGGUGCAGCCGACGACGAUGACGAUGCCCACCUGCGCGCCGGUGCCGAUCAGCCUCUCCCCGUGCAUCGGCUACGUCUUCGGCGCCGGCUCGGCGGCGCUGCCAUCGUGCUGCUCGCAGCUCCAGGCCUUCUUCCAGUCCCAGGGCCCCUGCCUGUGCGCCAUGUCCAAGCUCGCGCCCAGCCCUUUCGGCCUCGUCCUCGGCCAGGUCCAGGGCAUCAUCCCCAACGUGUGCAACCUGCCCACCGACCCGUGCGAUGAUGUCUUUGGCGCGAGCAAUUCGACCGACGACUCGACGACGCCAACCGCAAAGGCCGCGUCUCCAGAAGCGGCACCUCCGGCGGCCACUCCCACCGAGCCUGAGCCUGCAGCCACAACAUCAUCGACGCCGGAGAGUGCCGGUGCGACUGAAGCUCCACCGGCAGCAGGUGACGAUUCUCAGGCUGCUGCCACGAAGACGGGACAGGUUGCCCCCCAAGGCGCUGGAUCAAGCACCGAUUCACAGGGGAUAUCAAAGCUCCCAGAACUGCUGCACGCAGCAGGGGCGCCAAGCUCCGCCGCUGCCACCGUGCUCAUCAGUGUGUUUCUUGCCUAUGUUUCGGCCAUGUUUGUGUAAGCCCCCAUAGCCAUUACCGUAACCCCAGCGAAAGUAUCGAUGUACCAUACGAUGCGGUGUAGAUUCAGGCCGCGCCCGUGUUACACCAUGUUGCAGUGAAGAUACUACAGUUUAUGUGUUU